AUGUUGCGACGAUACGGAUCGAGAGACAGCAAACACAUCAAUGAGAACGUACCCCAGACCAGCCAACACAAAAAAGAUACCCUUUCGACCACGAACGCCUCCAACCAACUUUUACGACCCAAAGAUGCGAAUCAAAAGAGACGCGACAAUAAGGAUCAGGGUGCUAAAGACGGCAAGGACAAUGCGUCCACAACUACCAGCCCAACACAAAAAACCAAAAUCAGGAGCUCGCAUCAGGAGAGUGCUCUUCGUGUAUUGCAACAUCCCAAAACACGUCCUCCACUUGGAUCCGUGACACCUGCCAAGCGACCUUUGAAAGAUGUACAACAACAACUACAACAAUCCACACCAAAGCGUCUUGAAACAUCUCCAUCACGUCGUGGCAUACCUGCUGCGGAAGAAGUUGAAGAAUCCCUUGAUGAUGAUGAUGACCUUGUCGCCCUUCCUGAAGUGGAGCUUGAUCUUUCUCUUUUCGACGACGAUCAAAGCACAACCGAACAACAAAGCCAUGACACCACCAAAAAGACUGUUCACUCGAGAGAAGCAAGUCCGCAACUGCCAUCGGUGGAUGAUGUCGAAUAUGCAGGAACCAAGGAACAAGAACUUGAGGAUGAACCUGAACUUGCGGUGGAUGUUUCUGGAUUCGAGUAUACAUUGCCAAACAUUGGAGCCUACGACAUGAAAGCUUUACCUGAACUUGAUUUGGAACUACAAGAUGAUGAUGCUCCAGAAAUCAUCACUGGAAACACAAGCACAUUGGAUGACGAUGAAGAGGGUGAUGAUGAUGAAGUAUUCCUGUUGGUUGUACCUUCCAAUGAUAUCACUACACAAGAGGCAUCCAAAGACGAUCAAGAGCUGGAUAUACCGUUCAGUAACCACUUGUUUAAUAUCGAGCAAUAUGAAGAUGUCGAAGCCUAG